UUCUUAUUCAACCAACGUGGUGGUUUUGCUAGCGAACAUUAAACCGAAACAUUGAAGCGUUUAAGACAAAUCUUGUGUAUAUUACUCUUAGUGUUUUAAAUACAAUUCUGUGUACAUAUCUACUCGUUCAUUGAAACGUAGAUUGCUUGUUAAAUUAACUAAUGUGGUAAAUUGAUAUUGCACUAGGCUAAUCGCCCGGAACAUGAGCUCACUAAACUCGACGGAGAAAGAAGCUCUGGUGAACGGAGAGGAAGAAGCUUUCAGGAUGAAAAGGGAGGAAGAGGAGUCUAUCAUAUUGAAAGAAGAGGAUGAUAUUACAGUGAAAGAGGAAGAUGGGAAAGAGGUUGUGGAAGAGGAGGAGGUAGAAGCUUUCAGAAUCAAAAAGGAGGAAGAUGCCGUAAUUUUGAAAGAAGAGGAAGAACCUUUUGGAGUAAAAGAGGAAGAGGAGGCUAUCUCAAUUAAAGUGGAGGAGGAAGACGUUUUGGGAGUGAAAAAGGAUGAGGCUGAAGAUUCGAGUAAGACCAGAGAGAGACAUGACUAUGGUGGAUCCUCUGGGGAGCCUCAACAACCCCAUGAAGCUGAAGAGGCAGAGAAGAGUCUCUCCAGAUCAGAACACCAGAUGGACAACGCUAGCCCUUCCUUCCUCCCGGAGUCCCCGUGGCGUGCCUCUCCCGGUAGCACCUUACUGCUGGGUAUGAAGAGGUUGUCUGUGCUGCUGGUGGACUGCAGGAAAACAACGGGGCUGAGUGGAACUGUGAGAGGAGGAGAAGAGAAGAAAGGAUCAGAUUUGACUCAUCAAAGUGAAAGACCAGACUCAGAAGAACCAGAGCCAGGGACGUCCAAACCAACAAGACGACACCAGUGCUCCCACUGUGGAAAGAGUUUUAACCUCUUGUGGGAGCUGAAACAACAUGAGAGAAUACACACAGGGGAGAAGCCUUCCACUGCUCCCAGUGUGGAAAAAGUUUUAGCCAUAAAGGAACCCUGA